AUGACAGCAGUCUUCACUCCCCGAGGUAAGCGGAGGUUGCCAGUUAUAGGGGGAAAUGAUGUUAGGUUGGCUCAUCAGUUACCAGGGAAACCAGCAGACGGGCACGCCCAUCACUGCCCCUUUGAUAAGGAAGCUAGAAAAAUCACUGGCUGGGGCCGGGAGCAAGUAUGUAGGGUGGUCGGUCAUGUGAGUAGGGUGUGGAUAGUGAGGAACAGCCAGUCCAUGUUACCACACUACACAGCUGAAAGCAGCCUUGCAGUGGGCGUGUUUAAGACCUCCAUGGGGAAACUGCAGCGACAACUGUACCAGGGGGAGUGCACUAUAUUCCAGUACGCGCCAGUGUUUGAGAAUGGCUUUAUACAGGUCAGCAGAAAAGGAGAAAUGAUUGAGGUGCACAACCGGGCCAGACUGGCGACUCUGGGCAUCAUUCACACCAGCCCCUACCUCACGCUCCCCAGUGUCAUGCUGCUGGCCCGAUCAGGUACGAUCUGUGAUGACUAUAACAGACACAGUCCUGCUGCCCAGGAGAGAGGUAAAAAGCUGACACGGAUCUUUUUAGAGGUAACCAGGCUGCUUCCCUUGAAGUUUAUAAAGAUAGCCAUCCGUAACCGUGAAAAACAACAGCUCCACCUGAAGCUUGCCACUGGCCGCUCUUUUUACCUGUAGCUGUAUUCCCCUUCAGAAAUAAGAGAUCUUUUUGCUCACUGGGAAAACCUCAGUUACAUCCUAAGACCACUGGUGGAGCAUAACAGAGGCACCCAGGCCAUCCCAGCUGGGGACACAUUAGACACAACUGGGUUUGAGGAAGACAAUAAGUGUCCAGUGGUGUCUUUGCAGAGACUCUAA